UAACAUUUUAUAAAACUAAACAAUUGACAUAAUAGUAUAAAAAUAUAAAAAAAAUUAAAAUAUUAUCCGCGCGUAGCGCGGACAAGGACCUAGUUAUUAUAAAUACCUAUCAUUUAUAUAUCGCUCAGUAACUAUCAUUUCAAUUAGUAUAUAUUUAGCAUUACAGACGUGAAUUUUGUACUGGUAAUCUAAAUAAUUAAUCAAUGGUUCUCCAAAUGUCUAUAUAGACUGAGCAAAGAUAUUUCUGAAGCUAUGCGACAAACUUUGAAUGGAUUUUUUUCUUGUAUUCUUUCUCGAAUAAUACCAAAUCUUGAAACUAGGAGCAUGUUGGGAUUAUAAAGACUUCUCGUAACUAAUAAUGUGAAACAAUGACCAAAGACUUGGAAACUGGAAAGGAUUAUCUAUUUAAAUCAAAUGGUAGAGUACACUACAUAUAGUUAAGUAGGAUUUGAUAUCAAUGUUGGAAGUAACAAUACAUUAGUUUUACUUAGUUAACUUUAUCCUUGUUACUAUUAAAACUACAUACUCUCGUUGUCUGUGCUCAAGCUUUUUCACUUUUGGAGAAAUAUAUUAAGAAUGCGUACAAUCUAUUCAAGAUUUCAUACCGUGUGUAGUUCCAUUUCUAUCAAUAGUUGAAUCCCAUACAUAUAUGUAUACUUUAUUGUUUUCACAUGCAAUCAUCGGUUUAAAGAAUUGAACAUUAAACAAAUAGAUACAAUUUUUUUUUACUUCUGAAAUAAAAACAGUUGUCUUGAAGCACAAACCAAUAGUACAGUGCAGGCAUCAUCAUGAAUAAUUUUUCUUUUCAAUGUUAUUCGUUUAAGUUAUUAUUCAAAUGAUUAAAUCUUAAUUGCAUUGUUAAAUAUAAGAAUCAUUUAAGUAUGCUCAUUUAUAGUAUACAAUUUGAGCUACUUAAUUUAUUCUGUUGUUUUACAGAUUUCUUUUAAUGACUAUGGUCACACUAAUUAAAUUCAAAACCGUACGUUGAUAUGUACUUAACUAAGAUAUCUGCAACUAGCGGAGGCUUAAGUACUAUACAUAGUACAGUUGAAGACACGUUGGUGUCGGAGAUCAGUGAGCAAUUAAGCUUACUUGAUUAAGCAAGAGAGGGGACAAGUAAUCCGCAGGACCACAUCAAUGUGUAGUUGAAAAAUUUGUCAUUUGAAUACAAGAUGAUUAAUGGUAAACUUAUUAAGAGCCCGUAAACCAAAACUGAUGUAUUUACUGGUUUAGAAAAAGGGAGCUCAGUCUCUAAACUCUAAUUUAAGAUCCUAAUGUGGAAUAAUCAGAUUCUCACAAUGUGUACAUGCCUAAAAGUUUAUUAUUGUUGCCAGUGCAUGUAGAUAUUACGUAGAGAUGUUAUAAAAUUUUGAUGUCUUGACAGUUUCUAAAGUUCUAUUUAAGUGCAUUUUGUCGCUCUUCCUAUAGUAAAUAUUUGAAAUUUUCCAGAAUUUCACAUGGUCUGGUUUGUUGCAUGCAAUGCAUGCUUCUGUUUACAUCAACGUCAAAAGUCUCUUUGGCUCAUUUUAAUCAGGUUUAAUCUUCCAAAAAAGCAUAUAAGAAACAAAACAAAAUCUGCAACUGAAAUUCUGAAACAUUUUUUUUUAUCAAUUCUGAAACAUUUAAUUCCAGGCUUAUUAGUGAAAUUUUUUAUUAGAGAGUUAUUUUUAGCAAAUUCACCUAAACCUAGACGAUGAGUUGGUCACAUUUCGUCUUAAAUCUGCAUCUUCAGAAGAGGACGUGGGCACAUAUCUCGAUCAAGAACGUAAUAAGAGCAUGUAUUAAAUAAAAUGUAAGAAAUCUUGUGGCAGAAAAUAAAUCAUGAAAACGAAUUAACGACAUAAGAGAUGAAGCUUCGUCGUACGGAGAUAUUGGGCACCGACGACGUACGAUUGGCGCGGAAAAUAUCAUUAUUUCAGGAGUAUUAACUCCUUAAUUCAUUUUUUUUACAACACUCCUUAAUUAAUUAGUUUAGUCAGAGAGUGGCGAACUUAGGGAAAGUACGGAUGAUAUUCUCGGUGUGUGUGCGCCACAAUGUGUUAAAAACUGAAUAAUCUAUCUUAUGAAUCUUUAAAAGGGUUUAACGGGAUCAUAAUUAAAGAACGUGAGCCAUACCUGUCUUGUUCUACAAUUUCAUUACUUCCACGCUGGAACAUUAACCACAUAAUAAAAAAAACGAAAAGAAUCCAAAGAAUAUGCAAAUGUAAUUAUUUGGAGAACGUAUAGCUGGUUUUUGGUCAACAUGAGGCCUGUUCGUUUACUAAACGCGCUGCGUCAACACUAGCGGCUGAAAUUUGUUUGUAAUUUUCUUCUGCACUGAUCGCUGGUGAAGGAAAAACGAGAACGCGCGUUAGAAUGAUCGAUGGAAUCCAGUGAUGUUUUUGCCGCUGAAAUAACUAGCGUCACUGUUUAUCUUUUCUUUCUCUUCUUUGCGACUGAAAAACAUGGAUGCUCUUCCAUUCUUUCUUUUCUCUCUUCGUUAAGUUCUCUCAUUUUCCCUUUAAACUCAGCCGCUAGUAUUGACGCAGCGCGUUAAGUAAACGAACAGGCCUAUGGUCAAUUCAAUCAAAGGCUCCAUUAACAAAGUUCUAAUUCUACAUUUUCUUCUUCUAAUCCGACUUUUUUUAAUGUAACUAUGACAACCCACAUUGCGGUAAAUGACUUAGAUUCUACCUUCUUCAUUUCUUUGGGAUGAACCAUAUAAGUAAAUCCUUAGUUAGGUCGAAAGUAUAAAAUGCUGCACGUAUAACGUUAGAGCAACUCUAAUGGGAGUUGUAUAAAGAAUCUAAGAAUAAACAGAAAAGGAAAAAAUUAAAAGAAAUUAAGAAAAAAAAACAGAGAAAGUUUUAAAAGCGCCUCCAAUGGAGGUUCUUUCCAUUGGAGUUCUUAAUAUAUGUGUUAUGUAUAUCUUCCUAUUCUUAAGAACUUCUACUUUUUACAUGUCAUUAUCUAAAUGCAUCUUUUUCUAUAUGUAAUUUAAUUUAAAUCAAAACUUAAUUAUUUAAUUUAAAUAUUAUUAUUUUGCUAUUAAGAACCCUUGUUUUAUAUACCGAGCGUUAAGAGCAUGAUUAAUGGGGGUUCUUAGGGUGAGGUUCUUAGCGGAAUAUAAGAACCCGUCUCUUAACCUUUAACUAAAUCGGCUCUUAAAUAAGAUAUUUAAGAACGUUCUUAGUUUUUUUAAUUAAAAGUUAAGAGACGGAUUCUCACUCUAAAAACUUCUCGUUAAUCAUGUUCUAAAGUUGCUCUUAUAUAUGUGGUAUAGGUGACAUCUUCGCAAACAAAGUUUCAUAUUUGUUUUUUUAACUUAAAAAUAUAUGGGUUAAAGUCUAACUAAUCUCCGAAAAGAACGGUAUUGGCGACCAGUUCCAUUUCAGAUUGUUCUAAUAAAAUCUAAGACAUGCAUGACCCUAUUUUUGCCUGGAUAUGGAUAAAGAUUAGCAAUGGCCAAGGAUGAAGCUCAACUAGGACUUGAGUUACUUGUACUAAAGGUCCACAGUUCGAGUACGCUUGAUAAUUUGGGCGGGGAUUUAGUAACCAGUCCUUGUCUCCGACCCUAUGAGGAUUAGUUGAAAAGUUAGGCUUGGAUCACCGUCCGGUCUACAAAAAACAUAUAUAAAGAAUAUCAGCUUAAUUCUAUACAAAUUCAAAUAUAAUUUCGUGCCUUCAAUUUUUCCUCUUACCAUUGUGUUACCAUUGCUUAGUUAAGUUUCGUAUUGUUUAAUAAGAGAGGGAAGAAGGAAGAUAACACUAUUACAUUAUCAACAGAAAAUGCUAAUAGUAUUCUCCUAAAGCCGAGGAAGAUUUGAAUUUAGCCACUCUUUGUCCUUAUUGUUGUAACCAAUGGAAAGCAUUAUUAUAUAAUAUGGCAUGAAGUGGUAUUUUAGGGGGGGCGUACCUGAUCGAGUAAAGACAAACCAAUGGACUAAUUUAAAAGUUUUAGUAUAGAUUUUGGAGAUAUCUCCAGCCUAUAACACACACGUUUGGUUAGAUUUACCCUAGUGUGGAAUAUCUUAUUUGUUUUUCUAUUGGACUGAUUUGCGUAAUCUUAAUUGAUCUCCCCCGCUGCACGUACUUCCAUUCCAGACUAGUUUUCGUGUAAGAACUUCGGAGAAUCCAAUUCUUUAAGAGAUAUUCUACCAAUAUAUCAGUAUUUAACAACCACAUACACUGUAUAUACAAAUAUGUGCAUGAUCUCGUUAGUUUCCAUGUACGUAUAUUUUAACGUUCCAGAGGAUUUGUGCAUGCAUUUUUUAUUUGUAUAGGCUUAUGAUUGACCAUAAUCUCCAUACCUAUAUAUCUAUUAUAUAAAUCUUAGUUAGUAUUUUCUUUGAUUGAAUGUAGAUGCAUGCCGCUGUCAAAAAAAAAAAAAGGAAUGUAGAUGCAUGCCUUUAAUAAAAUUAUACUGGAGUGAUCAUGAGAGUUUAGGUUGUAGAGAAUUAAUUACUUUCAUAAAAAAAUAGCUUACAUACAUUUAUAUAGUGUGUAGAAUUAUAAUACAACACAAGUCUAACUUUUAUUCCUACCCUAAUAUAUACUACAAAUCUUUUUAGCAUCUACUUCUCAGAUUGAGAAAUCAAGCCUCAGCUAGUUGACGUCUAGACACACCACUCUUAUGGGUUUUAUAUGAAGCCCAUUUUAAUUUCAUUAGCCCGUGGAUGUAAAACCGUCUACGGGAGGUUUGAGCAAAACGUCAAUAUUACCACGGCAGAUGACAUAUGUGAGGCUCUUUCCAGUGGUCCUAUAAAGAAACAAGAAGAUCCCAAAAGAGAGAAACAAAGUAUAAAAAUGUUGAUCCAUGAAAUUAUAUUCAUCAUGAUCGUAACAACUAUACAAAUAUCAACGACAUGCCAUGCAGAUCCCACCAACGAGACCAUCAACAACGCAUCAAUGUUCCCGGCGAUUCUCGUGUUCGGAGACUCCACAAUCGACACCGGAAACAACAACUACAUUAACACAAUCAUCCGAGCUAACUUUCCUCCUUACGGCUGCAACUUCCCCGGCCAUCACGCGACCGGAAGAUUCUCAAACGGUAGACUCAUCCCUGACUUCAUUGCAUCCCUUAUGGGAAUUAAAGACACCGUUCCUCCUUUCCUAGACCCGCAUUUGUCAGAUUCCGACAUUCUUACCGGAGUUUGCUUUGCCUCGGCCGGUUCAGGCUACGACAACUACACAGAUCUCGCUACUUUAAGUCUAUCCGUAGACAAACAGGCAGACAUGUUCAGAAGUUACAUGGAAAGGCUGAGCAGGAUCGUAGGGGACGAGAAAGCGGCUAAGAUAGUCGGUGAGGCUUUGGUGAUUGUAAGCUCGGGAACUAACGAUUUUGAUAUAAAUCUAUACGAUACACCUUCUCCUCGUAUCAAGCUCGGCGUUGAAGGUUAUCAAGAUUUCAUUCUCUCGGUUGUACACAACUUCGUUCAAGAACUAUAUGACAUUGGGUGCCGGAAAAUAAUGGUACUGGGACUACCACCGAUUGGAUGUUUACCGGUACAGAUGACGUUUGCUAGGCAAAAACAGAACGAGAGACGAUGCAUCGACAAACAAAACUCAGAUUCACAAGAGUAUAACCAGAAGCUAAAGAAGUUCUUAACCGAUAUUCAAUCCAAUCUCACUGGUAGUGUCAUCUUCUACGCCGAUAUCUACGGAACAAUAUUGGACAUGGCUACUAAUCCCCAAAGUAUAAAGGAGACAACGAGAGGAUGCUGUGGAACAGGAGAGCUGGAGCUAUCAUACUUGUGCAAUCCUUUAACUCGGACUUGUCCCGACGCUAACGACUACCUUUUCUGGGACGACAUUCAUCCUACCCAACGUGCUUACCUCGUCGUCAGCCUCAGUCUUGUUGAUCAAAUCCUUCACGUACUCCAAUAACCUAAAAUUUUCCUUUGAUAUAUAAUCUGUAUACAUGAGGUUAAUCUAUGUCCCAUUUGCCUAAGCAAAGUACUGACAAGUAUUUUAUUGGUCCUCUAGUUCAUCACAUGUAUGAGAUUGAUUCUAAGCUUUGAUGUAUAUUGUCACUCUUUAAUUCUCUCGGUCAACUGCUUAACCCAAAAAUUAAUGUAGCUAAUUUGAUGUAUA